UGAUCACGGUUUACAGUCGCGUUGAUGUGACGUCAUAGCUCAGACAUGUGGUGCCCUGCUGAGUCUUACAGAAAAGCAGCAAACAUACAGUUGUUAGCAGGGAUUGAUUUACAGUAACAUUUAACAUUCUCGCGGAGCGAAUUAUCUCACUGAAAAAAACCAAAAUGUCAAGUGGUCGAAGACCGGAACACAUGGCACCGCCAGAGGUGUUUUACAACGAAGAGGAAGCCAGAAAGUACUCUCAGAACUCGCGAAUGAUUGAGAUCCAGAGUCAGAUGUCAGAGAGAGCCGUGGAGCUGCUGAGCCUGCCGGAGGACCAGCCCUGUUUCCUGCUGGACGCGGGGUGCGGAUCUGGACUCAGUGGUGAUUACCUGACAGAAGAAGGACACCUGUGGGUGGGAGUGGACAUCAGCACCGCCAUGUUGGACGUGGCUUUAGACAGGGAGGUGGAAGGAGACCUGCUCGUGGGUGACAUGGGCCAGGGGAUGCCUUUCAGGCCCGGGACCUUCGACGGCUGUGUCAGUAUUUCUGCUCUGCAGUGGCUGUGCAAUGCUGACAAAAAGUCACACAGCCCUCCUAAGAGACUUUACACCUUCUUUAGCACCCUGUACUCCUCCCUGGUUCGAGGAGCCCGAGCUGUGUUUCAGAUCUACCCUGAGAACUCUGAACAGCUGGAGCUGAUCACCACACAGGCCAUGAAGGCAGGGUUCACCGGGGGCAUGGUGGUGGACUACCCCAACAGCACCAAGGCCAAGAAGUUCUUCCUCUGCCUGUUUGCAGGGGUGUCUGGAGUUUUACCCAAGGGGCUGGGCUCAGAGACAGUUGACAGGGGUGUUGCCAAUCAAGUCCAGUUCACUGGGCAGAGGUGUCGCUUCAAAAACAUGAAGGGGAAGUCGCUGAAGAAGAGUAAAGACUGGAUCCUGGAGAAGAAGGAGAGGAGGAGACGACAGGGCCGGGAGGUCCGAGCGGACACCAAGUACACGGGACGGCACAGGAAGCCUCGGUUCUGACCCCCGCGCUGGGCUCUCACCGCUCACGCCCUGGACCCGGGACACGCCCCCCCCCCCCCGGGGGCUCCGCACGGCCAGCUGGGGCAGCGUGCGUUUCGGCAGACCCCGUGUGUGACCCUCUCUACGCUGAAAUAUCCAUCCCACACACCGCCAAACCAAAACCUGCCCCGUGCAAGAACGGGACUUUAUCCAGCCUGUCAAUCAAACCUUUCCCUCGCGAAAGGCAAAGAUUCUUUUAUAUCACGAGACAUUGACCUGAAAAUAUAUAUUAAAAUCACCACGUCUCUUUUUCUCCACCCUGGUGCUGGCUUGUGCCUCUCUCCUCAGCUACCUGUUCAUUCUGUUUCAAACAGACUUACUGCUCUCACUCUUUUCUCUGUUGUGCAUAAUUUAUGCAUACCCACAAUCCUCAUUUCUGUGUUAACCUAUGCCCCUACCUCGGCCUCCACAGCCGCAACCGUGAAUAUUUCAUUCAUUCGCGCCACCUUGUGCUUUAAUUCAAAUGAUGUUUGAAAAUAACGGAUUGGCUUCAGCCAACGGUGAAUACAAGACAUGGGAAACGCGCAAUAAGCCUUUACCUGGAAUAUUGUCGCCAACAGAGGUCGCUGUUGCACAAGCGAAGCUUUCGGGCUUCAUAGGAACAUCACAAAACGUAACUUGGCGUUAUCUUUUUACAAACCUGUUUUAGCCGACAGUCAAUUAAAAUUUUAACUCCACGACGUAUAUUACCGAUAUUUUGACGUUGCUGGCUUUAGCGCUUUGAUGCAGUACGUUACUUGGACAUGCAGUUGUAAAGAACGUUUGUUUUCCUGUGAUGGGAAAUGUAAAAAGUGAACGCGGAAUAUUGCUUGAUGUGAAUGUGAGCGACUAUUCAAGUUACACGCACGGGUAGCCUCGCCUUACCUUCUCUGUGUGCUGCCACCUACCCUGUCAUGGAAAUAAAUAAAUAAA